AUGACUUCCAUUCAAUCCGCCAGAGAUCGUCUUUCUUCUCUAUCAUCACACAUCAUGGGUUCCUCCAGUCCUUCAGUGUUUACCGCGGCCACGGUGGCUGCCGCUCCCGAAGAUCCUUUGUUUGGUCUUAUGAAGGCCUAUCGUGAGGACCCCUCCGAUAAGAAGGUUGAUUUGGGUAUUGGCGCCUACCGCGACAACAACGCAAAGCCCUGGAUUCUCCCUGUCGUCAAGAAGGCCGAUGACGCUAUCCACAACGAUCCCACCCUUAACCACGAAUACCUCUCUAUCGGUGGUCUCGCCGAGUUCACCUCCGCAGCUCAGAAACUGAUCGUCGGCGCAGACAGCCCUGCAAUUCGCGAAAAGCGAAUCUGCACCCUGCAAACCAUCUCAGGCACCGGCGCCGUCCACCUAGGCGGCCUCUUCCUCUCGAAAUUCCACCCCCAAAAGCCCGCCGUCUAUCUCUCAAACCCAACAUGGGCAAACCACAACCAAAUCUUCACAAACGUCGGCCUAACCCUAGCAAACCGCCCUCGAAGCCGCCCCCAAGGCUCCGUAAUCCUCCUCCACGCCUGCGCGCACAACCCAACAGGUGUCGACCCCACCGAAGACCAAUGGAAGCAAAUCGCCGAGGUGAUGCGCUCGCGCUCGCACUUCCCCUUCUUCGACACCGCCUACCAAGGCUUCGCAUCGGGCGAUCUCAUCCGCGACUCCUGGGCGAUCCGCUACUUCGUCGAGCAAGGCUUCGAGCUGUGCGUUGCGCAGUCUUUCGCCAAGAACUUCGGUCUCUACGGCGAGCGCACGGGCGCCUUCCACUUCGUCUCCGCUCCCGGUCCGGAUGCCGCGGCUGCUUGCUCGCACAUCGCGUCGCAGCUGGCUAUCCUGCAGCGAUCGGAGAUCUCGAACCCGCCUGCUUACGGUGCGCGCAUUGCUAGCCGUGUGCUGAAUGAUCCUGUUCUUUUCAAGGAGUGGGAGGCGGACUUGCGCACGAUGAGCGGCCGGAUUUUGGAGAUGAGGCAGGGUCUCCGGGAUCGUCUGGAGAAGCGCGGUACCCCUGGUUCCUGGGAUCAUAUUACUUCCCAGAUUGGCAUGUUUAGUUUCACUGGUCUCUCUGAGGAGCAGGUUUUGACGCUGCGAUCUAAGUGGCAUGUCUACAUGACGAAGAACGGCCGCAUCUCCAUGGCCGGCUUGAACACGAAUAACAUUGAUUACUUCGCCGAGGCGGUUGAUAGUGUCGUUCGCGAGUCUGCUAAGUUGUGA